AUGAUGCAAGACAUAGUCGUGAUUCGGCGUCCAGAUAAUGUUCCUCCAGGUUUCUUGUUUAAACCUUCAGACGAAGACUUGGUGUUACUAUACUUGAAGAACAAGACUGAAAAUCCACAAGGAUUUCACGUUGAGUUUAUGCCUGAUGCCAAUAUCUACGACUGCCAUCCCGAACGUCUGUUAUAUACGUAUGAGUUUGCACAAGGAAACAAGGAUGCAUAUUUCUUUUCUAAAAGAGAGAAGAAAUUUGGACAUGGGGAUAGAGCUAACCGGAUUGUAAAAGACGGCUGUGGACUCUGGAGUAAGUCGAUACCAAAGAAACCUGUCAACGGAGGAGUGGAUGGUAGGGUAAUCGGUCAUAAGAGUGGCCUUGUUUUCUUCAACGGUAAAAAGGAAAGUAAGGAUGGAAAAACAAAUUGGCUUAUGAAAGAAUUUGAAAUAUCUGAUGAACAAGACCAAUCGACUAAGAAUAGCGAAGAAGCUGGAUGCAGCAACAUGAAGUCGUAUGAUUUGGUGUUAUGUCAUGUUUAUGAGAAUGUCGAGGACAAGAAAUAA